AUGGCCGUGUCGUUGAUCUGUAGCAAUACACAGAGCAGGGUUAGUUCGGUUCUGAACAGAGAUGUCAAACAGUUCGGGAAAAAAUUUAUGUUUGAUUCCAACGAGGAGACGUGUUGGAAUUCUGACCAGGGCGAUUCCCAGUGGGUAGUUCUGGAGUUCCCCCAGCCCGUAAGGGUAUCGGAACUGAGGUUACAGUUCCAGGGCGGAUUCUCAGGGAAAACUUGCAGAUUAAAAGGGUCUUUGAAGGAAGAUGAUCUUACACACAUUGCAGAUUUCUACCCAGAAGACAACAACUGUUUACAAAGCUUUCCCAUUCAGCGCUCACCCGCGCUGCACCGGCUGAAAAUAGUGUUUGAGAACAGUGCAGACUUUUUCGGGAGAAUAAUUGUUUACUCUUUGGAUGUCCUGGGGGAAAGAGCAACGUGAAGAGAAGAGGAGA